CACUAUUGCUUAAAAUAAAAAGACCUAUACAUGCCUUGAGUAAGAAAAAUUAAAAUAAAAUAUCACAAUUUUAUCCCACAAAAAUUGCCUACUUUUAAAAUUCUCUAUUCCAGGUCCAGUGUUCCUCUUUUUUUCACAACCUCAAAUCACAGACACAAACACAAUCUUUCUCUGUUUCUCACAUGAUCCUCAACUUGUGUCCUAUUAUAUAUCUCUUGCAGCUUUUGACAUUUGAUGUCCCAACAUUACAGCUAUUCACCACCCUUAAACUAAACCUCAGUGUCCUCUUUCCUCCUAUCACCAAAUCUCACACAUGCACACAAAAUUUCCCUCUUUCUCUGCUCUAACAUGUUUCUCUGCUUCAAUGUUCCCCUAUAAAAAGUACAUCGUAGUAGUAGUAGUGUGCACUGACACUUGACUAGAUGUACAUAAUGGAGAAGGAGGAGAACUUAACCUACCUACAAAGUAAAAGAACCCCUUCUUUCUCUUCCACCCUCUUAGAUGCCAUAUACCGUUCAAUUGACGGAUCAAAAUCUGACCUUGACAAUCAUCAACAAGUGGGUCAUCAUCAUCAUCACUUGAAUGAAGAAAAAACCAACCCAACCACCACCAUGAAACAUAACCAUGGUGGGGUUGGGGGUGGGGGUGGUAGAGGCAACAACAAGAACAAGAACAAGAACAAGAAGGAGAAGAUGAAUAAUCAUCUUUGUCGUCACGCAGUGAUGCUAAAUGAUGAAUUCUCUCAUCAAAUCUUCACGAACUCUGUCACCUCAUCAGCCUCCUCAGAAUGUAGCUAUGGUGUUGGUGCAACAUUUUCAUCAUCGUCAAAGCAGCAGAGGAAGAAGAAGAAUCAGAAAAAGCAGCAGAAGAAGAAGGAAAAGCGUGCUGGUGAUAGCGAUGGCGAUGGUGAUAGUGAUAGAUUUGCAAGGAGCAAGCUAAGAGCAUUGAAAAUGUACGGCGAAUUGAACCGGAAAGUUAAGCAACCAAUCUCUCCGGGAAGCCGAAUAGCUAGCUUCCUGUGUUCAAUCUUCAACUCUGGAAGCGUGAAGAAGGCCAAGAAGAUGUGUUACGUUGGAGCAGUUGAUGAUGUAAACUUAACAUUCCAACACAAAUCCAAGUCGCCAUGUUUUUCUUCUUCUUCUUCAUCAACAACAAUGGCGGCGGCUUCGUUUUCAAGAAGGUCUUGCACCAGCAAAACCUCAUCAUCAUCUUCAUCAAACGUGAAGAGCGACAAUAAUAAUAAUAAUGGAGUCAAAAGAUCUGUGAGAUUUUACCCAGUUAGCUUAAUUCUUGGGGAGAAUGAUUCUCAACAACAGAGGUACAGUGCUUAUAGUGAGAAAGAUCCAAGCUUGUUUCCAUUGAAUGUUAGAAAGAUUACAAGAAGUUCUAUUUCUUGCAUAGAAGCAAGAGAAAAUCAUUCUUCACGUGAAGGUAAUGAUGGUAAAUUCGAGUAUAUUAGUGGGUAUUAUGGUAAUUGUGAAGAUGAGGAUGUGGACCAGGAUGAGGAUGAGGAUGCUUUGAGUUAUUCAAGUUCUGAUCUGUUCGAAUUAGAUCAUAUUAUUUGUGGAGCUGAAGGAAGGUACCAAGAAGAACUUCCGGUUUAUGAGACUACAAAUUUAGAAACCAACAAGGCCAUUGCUAAUGGUCUUUGUUCCCAGGAAAAUUUUUAAUUAGUUCAUGUUAGUUUUUCUUUAAAUUUCGUUGUACACUUUUUUUU